GCGCUGCGCUGCAUAUGCAUGCAAGUACGCAACGCAACAUGCAUGACUGAUGGAGAUGCUGCGCUGAACUGAAGAGGAAUUCUCACGGCUCGGGAUUUUUAUCCUCCCUGUAUCUGUGGAGCAAUGGGCUACAUGUCUAUACUACUAAAGCUGCAUUUUUUGACGGGGUCUUUGACUAUUUUCCAUAUCGUGUUUCUGUGAAAUUACGGGUAAAAUUCUCCCGACAGAGCCGCCGAUCGAGUCUCUUGAUUGAGUCAACGCCUGAACAGCUGAGAACGGAAAACCCGUUCAUUGCCGUGCCGUAUGCAUGCAUAUGAUACCGGUCUUUGGCUCGUCAACAGCAAGAUGACAGCGGCGAACAUACCGGUGCCUGUGUUGGAGCGAAUAUUUUCUUACCUGGAAUUAACGGAAUUACUCUGUUGUUCACUCGUUUGCAAGGCUUGGUACGAUUGUCUUUACGAUGAAAACAGCCCUGUGUGGAAAGUGCAAUGCCUGCGGAAACUCGCAAAGGACGCUGCAAACGGCAAACUGCUGCAGCAUCUCCCCUCGUACAAGGCGAGGCUGCGGGCCUUCCACCAUGCAUUCAAUCCCAAUGACUGCUCCCGAAACAUUUACAUCCGACCAAACGGGUUUACGCUGCACAGGAACCCGGUGGCACAGAGCACAGAUGGUGCUCGGGGUAAGAAGGGCUUCAAUGAGGGAAGACAUGCUUGGGAGGUUUGGUGGGAAGGACCCCUAGGAACUGUAGCCGUUGUUGGUAUAGCCACGAAACAUGCGGCAAUGCAGUGUCAAGGAUAUGUAGCACUUCUCGGGAAUAACGACCAGAGCUGGGGCUGGAAUUUGGUAGAUAAUCUUCUUAUUCACAACGGGGAUCACCAAGGCAACUUCCCGAAUUGCAAUAAUGCACCCAAAUAUGAGGUCGGGGAGAAAAUACGAGUCAUUCUGGACUGCGAGGACAACUACCUCGCGUUCGAACGCGGCUACGAGUUCUUGGGCGUGGCAUUCAGGGGUCUACCCAACGAGAAGCUCUAUCCGUCUAUCUCAGCCGUCUACGGCAACACCGAGGUCACGAUGGUCUAUCUCGGAGAGCCGCUGGAUGGAUGA